UAGAUAGACUUAAGCCUCGGCUAGGGUUUUCGUCUCUCUCUCUCUCUCUGCUGCAAAACAUAUACCAAAUUGCUGCUGCAGAGAGCUCUAACAAUGACGACUGUGGUGCCAACCUCCGAGGAAGAUCCCGCUAUCGCCGUCGUCCGAUUCACCUCCGAGCUCGCCUGGGCCGACGCCGGCCACGAGGUUGCUGAGCCGCAAGUUACUAGACUACGUGCUGAAGCCCAAGAAUGCGUGGUAAUGGACAGGUGGUUCGAAUUGGUGUCCCUUAUGCUUACUUCGGCUGAGGUCAUAUUGUCAAAGGUCUCGGAAAAAGAUCUUGAGUGCAUAUUCACUGUUAUCUGCAAUGUUGUUACAAAGUCUGAAAGUCCAGAUGAAGCACUGGAGAUGGCAAAACUUAUAUCCUCAAAGAUUACUCAAAAACCAACUGACAAGCCUGCAUUGCGCUUAAAGAUUUUGUUCAAUCUGUACAACCUACUGGAGAACCCAUAUAGCCGGUUCUUAGUCUACUUGAGUGCUCUUAAUUUGGCUAUCCAUGGGAAGGUCACUGAACAUGUCAUCCCUUCAUUCAAAAAUGUGGAAAGUUUUUUGAAAGAGUGGAAUAUUGAGAUCUCUGAUCAGAGACAGUUAUUUCUGACAAUCGCUAAUGUUCUGAAAGAACACAAAAACUUGGCAAAGGAGUCUUUCAAAUUCCUGACCAAGUACUUGGCGACAUUUUCUGGUGAAGAUGUGCAUACGUUGAGUGAAGCCAAAGAGGAAGCUAUACGUACAAUUGUGGAAUUUGUGAAGGCCCCAGACAUGUUUCAGUGUGAUUUGCUAAAUUUGCCAGCUGUAGAGCAACUGGAGAAGGAUGCUAAGCAUGCAUUGGCAUAUCAGCUUUUGAAGAUCUUUCUGACUCAGAGGCUGGAUGCUUACUUGGAGUUUCAGGCUGCAAAUUCUGAUUUACUGAAAAGCUACGGUCUUGUCCAUGAAGACUGCAUAACUAAGAUGAGGUUGAUUUCCUUGAUGGAUCUUGGUUCUGAUGAAUCUGGACAGAUUCCUUACGGUGCUAUCAGGGAUACUCUUCAGAUUAAUGAUGACGAAGUUGAACUUUGGGUGGUAAAGGCAAUAACUGCUAAGUUGAUGGACUGUAAAAUGGACCAGAUGAAUCAAGUGGUGAUUGUGAGCCGCUGUACUGAGAGAGUAUUUGGGGAAGAACAAUGGCUUACACUAAGAACAAAGUUAGCAACUUGGAGGGGUAAUAUUGCAAACGUUAUCAGCACCAUUCGAGCUAACAGGAUAGCUGAUGAUGGAUCACAGGCAGUGCAAGGCUUAGUUAUUCGUUAGAAACUUACGGAUCUUAAUGUAGGUGCUUGAUUGACUUACGAGAGUUUGAACGAACGAGUGUUAUUGAUUCCCCGCUAUUUUGGAAUUGGAUCAAAUGUUUUGAAAAUUUUGACAGGAAAAUAGUCUUGUGUUGGUUACAAAUGGUAUAUCAUUGUACUCUUGCGAAAUGAUGAUCUACUGCUUAUAUCAGUAGUAACUUUUGUUGCGUUUAA